AUGAAGCUCUGCAUUGGACUCAUCGCUUCGGUGGCCUUGAUAUUGGCUGAGCCAAAGCCAAACGGAUACGCUUCAAUGGGAAACCAAAUUCCCCCAAUCCUCCCAUAUGUGAUGCCAAUGCCCUCGACGGGAUACGCUCAACAAGAAGGAUACGCUGUUGGAAAACCUGAUACAAGAUCGUUACGGCGGAGGUUACGCAGCUCUCGUUGCUGCCCGAAUGCUUCGCUAAGACUUCGC